UUUGGUUCAGGGGAUUUCUCGUCCGGAGGCCUUUCCAGUCGUGUGAGCAUUUGACAGUCAUGUCCAGCAUGAGAAUAGACCGCUAGCCCGCGUCCCUUGUGAUAUUUUCUUCGUUUAUCUUUCAUUGCCUUCUUGUCUUUUAGACCUUGAGCGCCUUGCCUAGAUCAUCUUCGAACUCAAGGUUAGAGCCGACAGCAACGAAUUGAAUCAUGGUGGAAUCAGCGGACCCUCUCUCAGAUGAGGCAAUGGCCCACCUGAAGACCUAUAAGUACCAGAGUGUAGACGAGUCGUGGAUAUCAAACCAUAUCCUGCGCCACUACUGGAAUGCGGCCGUCAAGUUUCUCCCUAUGUGGCUUGCACCCAACAUGGUGACUCUCCUGGGUUUCUGUUGCAUCUUGAUCAAUGUCCUGUUGCUGUCCAUCUUUGUUCCGGAUCUUGUGGGCCCUGCUCCGCCGUGGCUCUGUUACAGUUUUGCCCUGGGGCUAUGGAUGUACUCGACGAUGGACAACAUCGACGGCAAACAAGCCCGCCGAACCGGCACAUCCAGCGGCCUUGGAGAACUGUUUGACCACGGCAUUGACUCGCUCAACUGCACUCUGGGCAGCCUCCUCGAGACGGCCGCGAUGAGCUUGGGACCCACCAAGAUCGGUGCCUUUACAGCGCUCGUCCCUUGUUUGCCGAUGUUCUUUUCCACCUGGGAGACAUACCACACGCACACCCUCUUCCUAGGAGCCUUCAACGGUCCUACCGAGGGUCUCAUCCUCGCAUGUUCCUUCAUGGUGCUCUCAGGCUUCUUCGGUCCUCAGUUCUGGCAAUACCGCAUCGCCGAUUGUGUCGGCUACCCGCAGAUAUUCGGCGACUGGGUCUUGCUCGACCUUUGGGUCCCUGUCGUGCUUUUCGCCUUCUUUGCGGCCCACCUACCUUCGUGUGUCCACAACGUCUACCUGGCCCGAAAACGACAAAACCUUCCGCUAUGGCCCGUCUUCCUCGAGUGGAUCCCCAUGGUCAUCUAUACCGCCUCGGUUUGUGCAUGGUGUGGAUCCCCGUACUCGAUCCUCCUACGAGAAAACCACCUUGUCAUAUUCUGCAUGACGCUCUCCUUUGUGUUCGGCCGACUCACCACAAAGAUCAUCCUUCACCACCUGACACGGCGAUCAUUCCCAUAUUUCACAGUCGCACUGGUUCCCUUGGCAAUCGGGGCGAUAAUGGCCUGGCUACCACUUUUCGGACUCGACCCAAUCCCGGCUCAGUAUGAAAGGUGGUAUCUCUACGGGUGCUUCGUGUUCGCCAUGGUGCAGUAUUUCGUGUGGGCGGUGCGGGUGAUCAAUCGCAUCUGCGAAGUCUUGGACAUCAACUGUCUGACGAUCAAGAAGAACAAGGCCGAUCAGAUGGAACGUACGAUGUUUACGACCAAGGCACUGAAGCCUGCGGUGUAUGAGAAUGGGGGCCUGGGACAGACGAAGAAGGAGACAUAGUGAGCCAUGGUUUCCACAGCGUUCAGCCAUCACGACUUGGCAGGCUGGUGCUGAGACAGAAACGCCCUGAAGCUGUUUUCAAAUGAAGGGCGGAUCGUCGGCAAUGGGGAUUGUAUCAAGCUCGGCCGGGGAAUUGUGCUCUACAGCGAUAUAGAAUGUUUGGACAGGGACAAGAAAAAGAGACGGAGCACAGCGGAAGAGGACCUGUUCAGGCACAGCCCCCCAAAAGUGUUUUUGUCCAAAAUAUAAAAAGCCAUAGAUCUCCCUUUCCUUCCGCUGUCUCGAUUAACCUCCGCUAUAGACACAUCUUAUUCGGG